AUUUAUUAAAAAAAAUUAAACAAUAUUCUUUAUCGAUCUUCCCUACUUUCCUUAUUCCCUCAAUCAUCUGCAAAAAGCUCGCACCACAAUUCUUUCUAAAUUCAGCCUAUAAAUAUUACUCCUCAUUAGAACACCCAACUGUCUCUUCUUCUCUCUUUCUAUUUUCUUACAAAACUAAAAGACAAUUUAGCAUAAUUCAGUGUUUUUUUUCUGUAAAAUAAAGAUGUUGAGUAAAGCAAAAAAUAUUUUUACAACAAUAGGAGGAUGUGCAAGCAAGCCCAAAGUGUUGGAGGGCGGUGUAAAGACUGAGGAAGCGCCAGAAGAGGCUGUGGAGAAGGUGGCGGAAGAAACCAACAAGGUGGCGAUGGUGACGGAGGAGGAAGGGGAGAAAAGGGAGGUUGUCAUAACCUCCGGUGCCGCCGAUGCCGGAGAAGGUAGUACCGAAGAAAUUAACAAAACCGAAGCUCAGGCAACCGUGGCUGAUGAUGAAAAUGUUGGUGUCAAAAGCCGUUCUCUUGGAAACUUGUUUUUGGAGAAUGAAGAGGAAAAGGAAUCAAACAAGAGUGAAGCAGUAACCAAAGAAUCUACUUCAUCUGAAGUAAAACCAACUGAGCAAGUUGAAACAGUUCCACUAAAAGCUGAAGAACAGAAGCCAGUCUCAGAACCAGUGUUGGAGGAGGCAAAAGCUGCUGCCACAGCAGAGGAGAACAAGUUACCGGAAGUGGUAAAACUCGUCGCGAACGAGGCUGAAAAUGCGGUAACAUCUGAGAAGAAAUCGGAAGAAGUACCGAAAGCUGAUUCGGCUGCUGCAAAUGAUCAUCAGGAACCGUCUGAUGCGAAGAAGGAAACAGAGGAAAUAGUUAAACCUCUUGUGGAUGUUGAGGUAAAACAAGCUAUCCCGAUCGCUGAAAAUGUCCAAAAAUCUGAGACUGAUGAGAAGAAAUCAGAGGAGGUAAUCAAAUCAGGUAAGGAUGAACAGAGUAUUGCUGAUCAACAACAAUCUGCAAAGACAACAGAGGAGAUUAAACAAGUUAUUGUGUCUGAAAACGUCGAAAUUUCGGAGAAAGCAGAGGAGGUAAAAGAACCAGAGAAGAAAGUUGAAGAUAAAACUGAAACACUCACUGAGAAAAAGGAAGAAGCUAAACAAUCUAUUGGGAAGACAGAAAAUCAAGCUUGAGAGAAAAUGAAAUGUGGGAUCAUUGCAAAAUGAUGGGUUGCGAUUAGAUCCUAAAAGGAUUUAAAUUAUUAUUAUUAUUUUUUUUUUUUGUGUUUUGGUUUUUGGUUUGUUGGGUAAUUGGUAGAAUAUAGUUUUCUCAAUUCUCAUUGGAAUUUUUUUGAUCUGUAGAUUUUUAUUUUUUUAUUUUUUUUUUAUCAAUUUGCCCUUUGUGUCUUUGUGACAUUUGCAUAGAUUGAAGUAAUUACAUUAAUUCAAUGUUCUGUGUAUAAAAAGAUUAGGUAGCUCAUUCCUUGUUUUUCUUUUGACAAGCUCCUUAAUUGAGUGGUAC